UCAAAAGCAUUAAAGAAGACCCAAACAAAAACAGAGACAUACUCAGAAGAACUUUUCUUUCAAAAUCUCUCCUGAUCGUUAUUUUCCUCCUUCAUCGUACAUAAUAAUAAUUGACAGGGUCAUUGAACCACGUUCUGGUGCAAAUUAAAGAUGAUACAGCCUUUGUUUGGUCUUGUGAUGGUGGAAAUGGCGGUGGUCAUGACGAUGUCGUUUGGGAGUCCGAUAAGGAAAGUGAUGGUGAAGGGGCUUGAUGCGUUGAAGCAAGGAAGAGGACCGUUGGUUACCAAGACAGUGGCGGCAACCAUGCUUGUGGUGUUUGGCUCUGCGCUUUACACGUUAACCAACGUUCAAAAGCGCGUUCACGAAACUGGUGUUCUCGGCCACACCGAUGAAGUUCUCAUAGCUCAACAUCUAUUGGAAGUUGCUCUAAUGGGGUUCUCUCUGUUCCUUGCAUUGGUGAUAGACAGAUUGCAUUACUACAUCAGAGAGAUUACUACUCUGAGGAGAAGCUUGGAACUAGAAAAGAUUUUUAACCACAAUCAUGAACAGCCCAAGAGCAAAAAGUCAGAGGAAACAAAGAAGCAAAAGGCUAAGUAACUGAACAAAGAAAAUGCCAAAAUUCAUUAUUUUGUGUGUGUGUGUGUAGGUUACUGCAAAUUUGUUGAUUGUCACUAAUUGAAAUGAAUAAGUGAGUGAUGUUGCACUCUAAAGUUUGCUUAUUUCAGCUGUUAUUUUACUGUUAAGGAAGAAAAUAUGUGGAACAAAGUUUAGAUAUGUUCUAUCAAUGGAGAUAUAAUCGUUCUGUGAAGUAA